GUGUUUCAGCGGCGGGAGGACGGCUCCGUGAACUUUUUCCGCGGCUGGGAAGCCUACCGGGAUGGCUUCGGGAAGCUGACGGGAGAGCACUGGUUAGGAGACUCAUUCCUGAAGCACAACGGGAUGAAGUUCACCACCAAGGAUCUGGACAACGACCACUCGGAGAACAACUGCGCGGCUUUCUACCACGGUGCCUGGUGGUACCGCAACUGCCACACUUCCAACCUCAACGGGCAGUACCUCAAGGGCCACCACAGCUCCUAUGCCGAUGGCAUCGAGUGGUCCUCCUGGACCG